ACCCCAAUUAAAAUACACCAAACGUAUAAAAGGUUGAUUAACAAUUCAGAAAGCCAUAUCCUAUUUCCAAAUUUGUUUGUACUAGUAGAGAUUAUAAAAGACCAGUCAAGUAAUGUGACAGAACCGAACCGCCCGAGGCCCUGAGCCCCGUAGUAGACUGUAGAAUUCACGCCGUUGUCUGUAUAUCCGCACAUCGGAGGCAAAUUUCUUGAAUCAAUGGACGGCGACGAGGAAGAUUUCGUAUUCUACGGAACACCUAUAGAACGAGAAGAAGAUGUGACCAGCCGCAAGAAGAAGGCCGUCGCUGAGGCCUCUGGCCAGUUGCGAACCCUUGCCCCAUGGAAACAAGAGGUCACAGAUGAAGAGGGACGGAGGAGAUUUCAUGGGGCAUUUACUGGUGGCUUUUCCGCUGGAUACUACAAUACAGUUGGCUCUAAAGAGGGAUGGACUCCGCAGUCAUUUACGUCGUCCAGGAAAAACAGAGCUGAAUUCAAACAACAGAGUCUCUUUAACUUCUUGGAUGAUGAUGAGAAAGCUGAAAUGGAGGGUCGUCUGGGGACAUCGAUGCAGUAUGAUACAUUUGGAUUUACUGCUGCUGAAGUUGCUCGUAAACAAGCUGAGAAGGAGCAAAAUCAGAGGCCCUCUGCUAUACCUGGACCAGUUCCGGACGAAGUGGUACUUCCAGCGACAGAGUCCAUUGGGCUCAAAUUACUGCAGAAGAUGGGAUGGCGAUGUGGUCGCUCAAUUAAGGACUCACAUACUGAUUCCCUAUAUAAUGCUAGGAGAGAGGCAAGAAAAGCUUUUCUUGCAUUUUCUUUUGCUGAUGUCAACACACAACCUUUGCGCUCAGGGCUAGUUGAAGAUGCUGCUGAUAAUAUUGUGGAUCUACCAACUGAUGAUGGGAGUCAGUUUUCGAAGAGCACACCGGUUUAUGUGCUAAACCCAAAGGAGGACUUGCAUGGUUUAGGCUAUGAUCCUUACAAACAUGCUCCUGAGUUUAGAGAAAAGAAGAGGUCACGGAUGUCUAAGAGUAGGGAAAUCGGGCAUCGAGAACCUCUAGUCUUGAAGGAUAGCCUAUUUGGUUUCAAAUCAGGAAGGGUUGCUCCUGGAUUUGGUAUUGGGGCACUUGAAGAUCUUGAUGUUGAAGAUGAAGAUGUGUAUGCAUCAGGUUAUGACUUCGAAGAGACUUAUGUCGAGGAAGUUGAAGAGCCUUCAAGACCAAAGGUGGAGAAUCUGAAACUGUUGGACAGGAAGGCGCAUGAUGUUUUACCUGGUUUUAGUGCUGCUUCAAAGUCCGAUUAUCAGCUGGAAAGAUUUGAUCCUCCAGCGAUUCCACAGAAUUUUGUUCCCCAUCAUAAGUUUGCAGCUCCGCUUGACUUUGAUUACAAGACUUCAGAUCUCCCUCCCCCUGAUGUUCCUCCUCCAGAGGAUAAUAAUCUUAGAAUCUUGAUUGAAGGGUUGGCUACAUUAGUAGCUCGUUCCGGUAAAUUACUUGAGGACAUUUCUAGAGAGAAAAAUCAGUUCAACCCUUUAUUUGGUUUCCUGAAUGGAGGAAUGGGUCGUGACUAUUAUGCAAGGAAACUUUGGGAGGAGAGACAGAAACGUAAUGAUCAAGGCAAACAACAGGUGGAUGCAAAAAUGUCUCGGAAUGUGCAGAAGAUGACCGCGGAAAGCCGCGGUCAGAUAUUAGGAGAGAAGCCUAUCGAAAGAAGUUUGAGAGACGCAAAUACUGCUGGUAUAUCUGCUGAUGUGAUCAAUUUCCCAUCCAAUCUUUCAGAUACAUUUACUAAACCUGCUUCAGUGACUGAACUUCCUGAAGCUGCAAAGCCUUUCCAAGAUGAUCCUGCUAAGCAAGAAAGGUUCGAGCAGUUUCUGAAGGAAAAAUACCACGGAGGUCUUCGCCCUAAAGAUGGUGGUGGAGCAAGUAAUAUGUCAGAAGCUGCUCGUGCUCGUGAAAGGUUAGAAUUUGAAUCUGUAGCCGAGGCAAUAAAUAAAGGAAAAUUGGGAAAGGAAAGUGUUCCGCCUAAUGAGUUUUUCUCAAGUACGUUAGCUACUGCAGGAUUGCAAUUCACUUCUGGAGCUGAGCUACCUAAAUUUGGUAAAGAUGAUGGUUUAGCGGCAGCAAAAAUGUAUCCAAAACGGGAGAAAUUCCAGUGGCGACCUUCACCUCUUCUUUGCAAGCGCUUUGAUCUUAAUGACCCUUAUAUGGGCAAGCCACCCCCAGCUCCACGCUCGAGGAGCAAAUUGGACUCACUUGUAUUUUUGCCUGAUUCUGUUAAAGCUGCAAAGCUUGAAGAAGAUGAUGUUUCUGGGGAUAGGAUCGAAUCCUCUCUCCGAGUCCAGGAAGGCCGUAAAGAAGGAAAACUAAUGGUUGACCAGGAAAUUGAGGUUGAGACAGAACCAGAAAAUGUUGAAAGGCCUGUUGAUUUGUACAAGGCUAUAUUCUCUGAUGAUUCGGAUGAUGAAGCAGAAACUAGCAAUCAGAAUGUUGCAGAGUAUCCUCAAAAGAAGGUUGAAGCUGCUAAUACAACUUUAAAUCGCUUAAUAGCUGGUGACUUCUUAGAAUCAUUGGGCAAAGAACUAGGUUUGGAGGUUCCUGUCGAUAUGCCUUUGCCAGAAAACAAAACCAGUAACCCAGCUAAAAAGGAUGCUGUUCCGGUAGAUCUGGGAGCAAAGAGCAUUAACCAAACUGGUAAUGCAUCAUCCGCCUCCCACACUGUUGGUGCGGAUUUGUCAGAUCCAGUAUUGGCAGUAGGAAAUAGUAAUCAGAACAUCUCUCGAGAAGGUAGAUCUAGUAGAGAAGGAACUAUAGAUAUCAACUCUCAGAGAAAUGGUCGCGGAGGAAGUGUAACUGAAAGAUACGGGGAUGAUGUUGAAAAAAAUAGGUUUGAAAAGGAAACUCAAGCACAUAUACUUGCAAAAGCAAAAGGAGAUCAGCACCAAAAUAAGAGCAGCAGUUCAUCAGAAGAUGAAAUUGAUAGAAAGCGCAGGCGAGCUCACAGAAGCAGCAGUCCAGAUGGGGAUGCCUCUUCUCAUUCAUCCGAAGAUUAUAAAGACCGUCAUCGUUCAAGGUCACGAAAGAAAAAAUCAUCUCAGGAAAAGAGUAGUAGAAGGCACUCAAAGCACCAUAAACAUAGAAGGAGAGACUCUCGAAGUCCUAGUAGACAUUCUCGUCACGGUGGUUCAGAAAAAGAACGUAGAGAAGCUAAGAGAGAGAAGCGUAGAUACAGGAACUGAAACAUUUUAUCAUCUGCCCAAUUGAAAUGGAUUUAAGGAACUACUUUAAUUCAUUGCUGAAUAAAUAUCCACGAUGUUCCAGAUAAAUGGUUUGUUUCUACUGGAUCAGUUCAUGCUACUUGCUUUUACUGCUUUGUGCCCAUUUGAGCACUAUGCAGAGAGCUCGUGCUCUUUGGUCAAUCAAUAGGUGCCAAGAGACAGGAUGCUGAAGAUCUCACUAGGAAAAUCCUUCGACUUGCCAAGUGAUCAUCUUCAUUCAGUCUGCUCUGGCUCAUCUCAUCCAUCGAGCUUUUCAUUGUACACAGUUGUAUAAUUGUAGGGUUGGUCUGAAUAUCUGUUUCAUGGUUUAAAGACUUAUUUAAUGGUAAAGCAGGCCACCUAUAUUUCUUUCUGAGGUCUUGGGAAUUGGUUUGUACGUUCUAUGUUGUAUGUGAUUCCUUUUUUACUAUCUGAGCAAGUGGAUUUUUCUAUC